CCAAUUUAUCGCAAUACAAUUAUAGUACCUUUCAGGAGACUUGUUAAGAAAUAGGACCAGUUCAAAGGCACUGUGGUGUGAAAUGCUUAAACUGUGCAUCUGUUAAAUUACUGUUUUUUUCCUGUUUCUUAUUACUCUACUUUGUUGGCUUGUUCUUCCCUAUACACUUAAACAUGGCACCAGCACCGUUUCCUGCGAUUUCUUUAUCACCAACUGACAAGGUAGAGGAUGCUUCAUAUGUCAAAAGGAACUUACAAAGCUCACAGAGAACAUUGCAAGUGAUCUGUAAAGGUUCAUCAAUACACUAUUGUAACCUUUGUCUGGAAACCUCUUCAGACGCAGUUCUAGAAGAAUGUGUUAGAUAUUGCAGCCUGAUUGUCAUGAGCAUAUUUAGUCUACAAGGCAGGUAUCAAGCAUGUCAGUUAUAGGAUGGUUUCAGUCAUAACUAAUGUAGUCGGUAGAGUACUGGCUAAUGGACUAGACUUUGAUUAUAAAGCCAAUGUGAAAAUGACAUACUGGAGCAAGAUUCUUCAUUUUGUCAGCUU